AUGGGACAGCCAGAAACAGCACCAGUCUACCCGGUCACCACCCCCGCCGCAUUGGACACUGCCCCACCACCAUACACGGUGGGUGUGGGUGCCGCUCCAGUGGCCGUGGAAAUGCAGCAAGUUUAUAUGCAGCCAGUCUAUGUGGCUCCUCAACAACCACAAGUUAUUAAUAUGGCCCAACCACGACCAACUACAGCUACAACUACAGUAAUCGUGUCGACUCAGUGCAAACAUGUGGAUCAAGAUCAUCCAUAUUUGGAGUAUUGCCCAAGAUGUCAGACUUCCGUAACAACCCGAACCGUGCAUAGCAUCGGAACGUGCUGGUGGAUCAUUCUCUUCAUCGGUGUUUUCGUGUUUUGCUGGCCAAUUCUAUUCUGUUUGUGCUGUGCUGGAUCCAAGGAUGUCAAACAUUACUGUCCAAACUGUGCAACUUGUUUGGCCGUCAAGAAGAGGGGCUGCUAA